AUGUUUGAUCAUAGGAAUUAUAACACUCCAAUAUACAAAUAUUCUACAAGAAAUAUUCUGGCUGGAAUAUCAAAUGUAGAGUGGAAUAAAGCAGGAACACAUUUUCUGGUAUCAGAAUGUUUCGAUACUGCUUCAUUGUAUUCUGCAAAAAGAAACAAAGCACAGAUGAAAUUCGUAAAGAACAAACCAAAUAAUCACAAAACAGGUAAAACAUUUAGAUUUGGUGGACCUGAUGAUGAAUACGUUUUAGGAGGGUUUGAUGAUAAGAAAUUGUGUUAUUGGAAAAUACUACCUGAUCCAAGUUGGAAGAAUCUGUUCAAUAUAAAGAACAAGUCGAUUGAAUCAUUUGAUCAUGAAAUGAGUAGUUCAGAAGAAAUGAAUAUAGAGAAAGAUGCAUUCACGUAUGGAAUAUGUAGAACAAUAUGUUCAAAAACUAAAGAUAACAUCGUUAUGAACAAUAUGAGAAUGGAAUUGAUAGGAUUCAAUAGCAUUGUAAAUCAAGCUGUAAUGCAUCCUAAAAUACCAAGAAUAUUUGCAACAGGAAUUGAAAAUAUUCUGUAUGCAUUCUCACCAGACUAUUUAGGUCAAGAUGAUCCACAUUUACUUUUGAAUUCAGAUACAAUUGAAGUAUUUGAUCAACUAGAAAUAGACAUGCAUGAUUUCCUGAUAUAA